UUAGGCGGGGCGGGACGACCUAGGCAGAGGCAGGGUAGGACAGGAGCAGGUAUAUAAGGCAGGGAGAGGCAAGGGAGAGGCAGUGGAGGAGGGAGAGCGUUGGCAAACACACACAGGGACGACACUGACGCUACCACUCGCUAUGAAGGUGUUAGCAAUCCUCGUGGUGAUCGUGGGAGGUACCAUGGCCGCUCCUGCCAAACUGGACGGCUUGGACCCCCACCAGCACCACCACCACCAUGGCGACGACCACCACCAUCACCACCCAAGCGAUCCUCUGGCGAACCUCCUCCCAUCAAGCUCAAACUUCGGUGGCUACGACUACACCCCGCCCAAGGUUCCAUCAGGGCUUUAUGAACUUCCCUCUGAUAAAGUCGAAGUUACGUCCACCACCACCACUACUACCACGACCACCACCACGCCUCCUCCACCUCCUCCGCCCCCCGUGAGCUCCUACCUGCCCCCUCCAGUUGAAGAGCAGCCCUCUGACAGUGUGGUCGUGGAAGAGUUCGUGCCUCCAGUGGAGACCACCACCAUGAUGCUCAUGCCCUACAACAUUGACUGGGCAGUGAAGGACCCCGACAGUGGCACCUCCUUCAGCCACGUGGAGAACAGUGACGGCAAGGACGUGACGGGCGAGUACUCGGUGCUGCUGCCCGACAACCGCCUUCAGAUCGUCCGCUUCACCGCCGACCCCGUCAACGGCUACCAGGCUGAGGUGUUCUACGAGCCCGCUAAAUAAGCGCCGCCACGCACGCCACGUCUCAACGAAAUGCACGAUUACGCUUCGAUAUUCUAUUGUUGUAUAGUUCCCAUGCCCGCGUUCUUUCCUUUUUGUUUGUGAACGUCUCACCGCUCCUUCCGCCCCUCGCGCUGUCCUGCGUGUGCGGCUCCCAGGGCGGCAGUGUGGAGCGUGGCGCCUCAUACACAACCAGUGAGCGGGUUCUCUCCACGGCCCGUGCAGCAGUGCAGCGCUCACCACCCGCCUGCUGGUGACCUCGGGCAGGUGGGCUGGCUCGCCCUCAGGACAGGGUUGCCAGACGCACCAAA